AUGAAUUCCCAGAUCGAGGAAACCGUGCGCAAUUGCUCAAAAUGUGCAACCUUUCAGAACAAACAAACCCCAGAACCCCUUAAGCCAUCACCAGUACCAGAACUACCAUACCAAGUAGUAGGAUGUGAUCUGUUUGACUUUCAGUCCAAAAAGUACCUCAUCUUAGUGGACUACUUUUCACACUAUGUUGAUGUAGUUGAGCUGAAAUCUCCGUCAACCACCUCAACGCUGGAAGCUAUGAAGUCAGUGUUUGCUUGUCAUGGAAUACCUAGACAACUACGGUCAGAUAAUGGACCUCAGUUCACGUCACAGCAGUUCAAAUCAUUCUGUCGAGUGUACGACAUUGAACAUAAGACAUCAAGCCCAAACUUCCAGAGCUCCAAUGGGGAAGCUGAACGAGCCGUUCAGACAGUUAAACGUCUUUGGCGGAAAGCGGAUGACAAAUAUGUAGCACUACUAGACUAUCGUACGACACCCUUGGAAGGUAUUAACCUGUCACCAGCUCAACUACUGAUGAACAGAAGACCACGUAACACAAUGCCAGCUUCAACAGAAGUAUUGAAGCCUACCGCUUAUCAUGACAACACAGUUAAAGCCCGUAUGAAGCUGAACAAAGCUAAUCAGAAAAAACACUUUGAUCAGAGAUACAUCGCAAAGGAACUAGAACCACUAAAACCCACUGAUAGUGUCAGGAUCAUGCCAAACAGUGGAGAACGACAGUGGUAA